AUGUCGGACGUAAAAGACAGUGAACAUGAAAAGAAUACAAAGCGUUUGUAUGUCAAAAGCGAGAUUCCCAUAAGCAGCGUGGAGUAUAAGAAAAUAUUGAGUGACGUUUCUCAAAAGCGGCAAGAAAUCGAGAGGAAAGAAGCCGAAAUUAAAUGCUUAAAGUACGAAUUGCAAAACGACUGGCAUUCGUUGGCAAAUGCUUCUGCAACCCGAGCAGAAACCAGUCAAAUUACUACGACUGUUUCUUCCCCUGAGCCGUCAACCGCGAACAGUGCAUCAUCCACAAGUGGCAGGACAAAGAUUGUUACACCAGGAGGGACUAAAAGAAAAGGUAAUAAAACUGUAGAUGAACUUUUAAACAAAGAAUGAUAUUGUCCUCUAUUUAAAUAUUUCAUUAUAUUUGAUGAGAUGAUAAACCUCAUUAAGCUUCAUUAUCUAUUGUUUGAAUUGCAUUCGACGCGACCGAAAUUCGACGUACAAAACAGGGCUAAGUGAAUUUAUAAUUUAAUAGUUUUGCCUUUUUAUAUGUUAUACAUAUAGUAAUAUAGGUACAUAUACUGAUAUACAAUAGCUAGUUGUUAUGUUUAAUUGAUCGACGUAUUAUUUAAUCGAAGUGGCAUUUAUUUUUGGUUAACAUCGUGUUUUUAUUUCUUUCAUGCAACCAGUCAAGCAAUCAUACAUCAAGUUUAAAGUUGACCUUCAAGAUACGUUGCGCAAAUUUGUUUGCAUAAAACCAGAUUCUUGUCUCGCAGUGGAUGACUUGAUAGAGAGAUUGUAUGAUACGUUUCCUGGGGUGAAAGGAUUUGAACGCAUGCACAUUUUGAGGACUGUGUCAUGCAAAAUUACAUCAGUACUGUUCUAUAAAGGGGGCAUUAUUUAUUGAUUGCAUGUGGUGGAAGCUGUGUUUGCAUAAUAAGUGGUUGCCAUAUUGUUGUGUAUGUCAAUAUAUGUGAUUGCAAUAAGUGAUUACAAUAGAACAUAUUACACAAACAGCAGUUAAAUAUAUAUUUUGUGGUUCUUCAUCUAGAGUUCAUCAAAUGCUGGGGCAUUUUGUUUACUAACAUUUCUCUAUGUCAUUCAAUUUAAAAUUAUGUACGUGUUAUAACUUUUCCUUUGGUUAUUAUCAGUUUUUUCAACUCAUGUUUUGUAUCUUUUACAUUUAUUAGAGGAUUUUAUCGAGGACUUAGUAUUUGUGAGGAUACUGACCUUGAUAGUACAGGUACAUGUACCUUCCUUUUGUCUUGCAUAUGAGAUAUAAAUUUUAUCUAUGAAUGACUGAUUUAAUAUUUAUAAUUAUCUUAGGGAACAAACUUUCAGCUGGCCCUUCCAAAGUCAAACGAGGUAGAUAUACUUUCUGGAGAAAUACAUUAUUUUGGUAUAGUUAAAAUGGAUAGUAAUUUGAAACAGUUCAAGUCAGGAAAACAGUAUGAUUGAGGUUUUACAUUGUUGUUUGGUUGAAUUUUGUUUGGCCUGUGAUUUAAGUGAAAACAGACCAUGUUUUAUCAUAAUUGUUCAUAAUUACAGACUGUAAUCUUCUUUUAUUUUAAUUGCCCUAAUUAAAUUUAGAUUAAUUUGAUGUGUAUAUAAUUGUUUUGUACUUUAGGUAUUGCAUUUGAGACACCUGAUAAUAUGAUGGACAUGAAAAUCAAUGAUUCAUCUGUUGAAGGCAAUUGUAUUUGUAUAGAUAUUAAACCCUGUAUUAACCUACAAGGCCAACUUUUUCAGAGCAAGCACCAAACGUAUCAUUGGUUUGCCCCAUCAGCAUCGUGGCUUGAUUAAUUUGUAUGCUUUAAAUCAGCUAUUUCUUUUCAGCUUUUGAACUAUAAAUUAUAUAAUUAUUUCAUAUAUCAUUUGGAUAAAACUUGUCUUGAUAGCAAUAUUAUUUCAAUACUUCAUACAAAUAAUAUAUUAUUGUUAUUAAAAUUAGCUAACUGUUAAUUUUACAAUUAGUUAUUAAACUAAUAUGUAACAGUAAAUACAUUUAUUGUAGAUUGUAUAAAUUAUUAAUUAUAAAUAUAUAAUUAGUUUACUGGUCAAUGUGAUCGAGAGUAAUUAAAUUUUCUAUAAUACAGCCUAGGAAAUGUUGAAAUCCAUGUCAAAAUCAGGAAAUCAACUCAAAAAUCAAGUGAUUUCUAAAUCUUGUACGCUUUGGUCGGUUGUCGCAUUAAAUCAGCCAUUUCUUGACCCAUUGAAUUACCCAUUACAGAGUAUAAUUUGCCUGCCUCGUACCCAGGCGCUUACAUGAAGUAUUCAGGUAGGCAGCCGACGCACAAAGGGGCUAUUGGGCACUCUUCCCAUCAGCCCCUUUGCCAUCUCUCCCCACUACAAUACUUCGUGUAAACUCGUCAUAUGCGCAUCACUGUUUUUUUACAAAGAGACGCCUGGGUACGAGGCAGAUAAUUUGCCUUUAACACCAAAUUAUCAAUGAUAUGUUUUACUUUUACUACUGUAUUUUAAAUUGAACCAUGUGAUGUUGGAAGCCGAGAUAUCAAUGAAAUAUUUCUAGUACAAUGAUCUGUGUGUAUCUAUAUAUUCGAUCUGAAAUAUCUGAGAUGUAAAAAUGAUAUUCCGAUGCAUGUCAUUUUCGAUGUGCACAUCAGCUAUUUAUAGUUUUGUACUGUAUAGGUGUUACUUUUGAGACACUUGAAUGUCUUGAUGAUAUUGAGGACUGUGAUCUUAACGACAUGGGCAUGAAAAUGAACGAAUUAUCUGUUGAAGGUAAUUUAAAUUGUAUAUUUAUUUAUAAUAAUCAGAUGAGUAUUAACCAUAUGGCCUAGUAUGUGGCCUAUAUCCUGUUGGGGAGUAAAAUUAUCUGGUUUGAGACAGAGUCAUUGAGUUAAGAGACCAGUGAUUUAUUACAGAUGAAGGAGGCCUAGUGAAAAUCAAAAAUAAGAUAUUCAAUAUACCAGCAUAUAAAUUCAAUAUACAGCUAAUUCAAAAAAGGUUGUCCUUGAAAUAUCUCAAACCUUAAACUGUAAGCGCUCAAAGCUUAAUGGGUAAUUUAUUUUUAGGGCUGUAGAUUGGGAAAUAAUCCUAGUACAAUGGUACUUCAUGUAGCUGUACUUCGUAAGUGCUCAUUAUAUUUCUUGCCAUAGUUGCAAUACAACAUUCGCACGUUCUAGACCUUCACUAAGAAGUUACCCAUCAUCUAUUAUGUGCUUAGGAUUUAAGGUUUGAGAUUUUCGAAGGACAAUUUUUUGUAAAUAAUUAAUGGUAAAAAAGGUGUAAUAAAGUUAUUGUUGUUGUUGUUGUUGUUGUUGUUUUUAAAUUGGAUGUAUAUAGUUGGAUUCGUAAUUUGGAUUUCUAGUUCUGUUGUCUAGUUUUUAAGAAUAUAAUAUUAUCGUGAAUGUAAUAAAAAAUAUUCGUGUAUUGUUUGAUUUUUAAGAACGGCAAGACCCUGUCACUACAGAAAUCCUUCAGGAUCAGUUCCGUGCUCUUCAAGAUUCUCUUUGUGUUACACAUGAUACUGCACGUGAGAGUAUGUCCAGCAAACAUCAAGACUAUCAUGAACUGUCAAAAAAGUUAGACUGUGUAUCGGAUUUGUUGGCAAAAUAUGAGAGAUCUGCCCAGCGUACCAUAAAGAAACAGGAAGAAGUUAUUUCUUUAUACAAAGACAUUGUUGGCAGUGGUAGCCUUCUCGGUGGUUUACUUUCCUUAACAGAAAGAAAAGUAAUAAAUGAAGAAGUUAAGAAAGUCAAAACGAUGUUCAAUUUGAAUAUGAGAACGAAUAAAGUUAUAGAUCUCGCCAAUGUUUUCGAUCCAUUCCUCUUUCAAAAUUUGGUCGUCCGGAUAAAGGAAGAAUGUCCAACAAUUGCGAAUAUUCUGGAGCAGUUGGUUCUCUCGCCGAACGCCUCAAGAAAUGUUAUCAAGACGGAGGAUAUGAAAAUGAAAGCGGCAGUUCAUCAAUUGGCAUCGCUGAUUGACGUGAGAGAUCAAAACGGCAAAAACGAUAUACCCAUUCUCUUUGGCUUGUUGUGUCUCUGCUAUGGGGCUGGGUAUUCGAUGAUAGGGCUACUCCAGCACCUCGGUUUGUCAGAAUCAUACCCUGUACUGUAAGUGCAUAUUUAAAUGAGUAUACGGUUGCUUAAUACGACAGUAUUACAAUCUGUGCAUAUACGCUCACGAUGCAUGCAUGUGCAGCUUUCAUGAUGGAACCUACGAGUUUGUCAUUCACCAUACUUUACACUCAUGAAAUCCUCACUACUAUUUAUAGUAUUCCAAUUUAGUGGAUAUACCAGACAAAAAAACAAAAAACAAGACAAAUUUUCUGCUAAGUCUUGUUAAUUAUUCAUAAAUUAUUCGUUUUUGGCGUGUUUUAUUAUUAAUCAUGAUGUAUUGUCUUUGAUAAUAAAUAUAUCUUUCGUAGGAUUCGUAUUCUACAGAAGCAGCUGCAAAAUUACAAGGCUAUAAUAAACAAAAGGGUGGAAGACAGUAAACCGGUGGUAACGUACCAAGAUAACAUGCAGUUGAUGAGAACGUCUAUGAGACAUCUCCGGCUGUCGAAAUUGGAGAAAGAUAAAAUGAAGCAAGGCAAGGUCUGGGAUUUCACCGUGAGAGGUUGGCGAGAAUGCGAGAUAACCGGAUUGGAAGAUAUGUUUAAGGAUCGUAUACUAACAACUCAGCCACAACGAGAAGUUAAAAAGGUAAAAUAUAAAGACACAAAAAUAAGUAUUUAACUAGCCUCCUCUGCAGGUAACUUUUGUUUCCCACUCCAAAAUCCCAAAUAUAUACCGACCUUUCAACCAGAAGAGAUAUUUUUGUCGAAUUUGGAAUUUGUAUGACCAAAUGGUUGAAAGGUUGGUAUAUAUUUGGAUUGUGUGAGUGGGAAACAAGAGUUGCCUGCGGAGGAGGCUAACAUUUAACAUGCAAUGUGCUAGAGGUGAGCCGAUCAUCGGCAAAACCGGUUAAUCGGCUUGUUUUUUCACAAUCGGCCAUCGGCCGAUUGUCUUCCACCAUCUCUAUGGUCAGCGGUGUAAUAAAAAAAUGAAAUUCAAAUAUAUAGUGUGGAAACAAUUAUCGAAACGAAAGUGGAAACACUAUGUUUACCGAUUACCCGCGUUUUUUCAUAGUUGUUUUAUCACUUUUCUAGCAUUUCUGCAAGAUUUAUUAAUUAAAUUAUCGUGUUCCGUAACUUCCGUUGACCAGUCAGUAGCACGCUGUGGAUUUCAGAAUCAGUGUUAAAAAUGUCGCUUCCUGUUUCUGCAUGUUUUGAGUCUUUUGACGAGAGGAUACAUUAGUAAAAAAAAAUAAGAUGACCAUCGGUUUUGCUGAUUAAUCGGCUGAUGGUGGAUAAAUAUCGGCUGUUAACAAUCGGUAUCGGUAAUCGGCUUUUUUUAGACAUCGGCUCACCUCUACAAUGUGCCGAGUACUAGUUACUGCAUGAAACAUGUUCGUAUAAACUUUAUAAUAAUAUAUUCAUUCGAAAUUUCCAAUUGAAGUUGAGGAAAUAAUAAAUGCCAUAGCCGUAGGUGAUGGUAUAUUAUUUCUUUUUUAUAAGAACAACCCUGAACAUAACGAGAAGUGGAAAGCGUUCAAAACAAGGAACAUGCUAAGGAAACUUGAUGUUGGACUAAACGAUGUGAAUGUUUCCGCUAACGAAUUACGAUCGGCUACGAGUGAACAGAUAGAGGGGUAUGCUGCUGCAGAAAACAUAACGGAAAGAAAGUUUAAGUUUGAAAUUCCACCAGUUCAUGAAGAAUUUCCAGAUUUAGGAAAGAAAAAAACAAACAUAUACCCUUUACCAAUCUCACACGAGAAUCAGUGCAAGACAUUAGGUGUAGCAAGUAAUUUGCAACUGUUUUCCGACGAAUUUCAGUUUACGUGUGAACAAGCUAAAUGCUACUUGCCAAAGAGAAGCUCAGGAGACAGUUUUGAUCUAGACAAAUCGUACGCACGUUACGCUUUCAUGAAAUCAUUAGAGAAACAUAAAGAGCAACAAGCUAAAUAUGAGCAGGUACUACGACGAGAACAAGAGCCAGAUUCACAAUCACAAACCGGAGACAGUAACGAAGAAAUUAGUCAAGAAAUUAGUCACAUGUUUGUGGUUGAAAGCGAAAGCUCAGAUAGUGAAGCGUAA